AUGGAAAAUCAUCAAGACAACCUCUCUCCAGAUCAUGACGAGGUUGAAAAUUCUCGCGCUCCACAGCGCCGCCGCCGACCGCCCCUGUCUUGCACGGUCUGCCGCAAGCGCAAAUUAAAAUGUGACCGCUCUCUGCCCUGCGGGCAAUGCGUGCGCUCGAAGACAACAGCCCAAUGCGUCUUUAUCGGAGCUCAGCCAGAUCCGACAUCUGAUCAGCGACGCAUGUCGCCCCCGCAAUUACCACACGGUGGCGUAGAAGACCAGGCCGGCCGGAAAAGCGGAAUGUUCGUCUUUGACUCGAAGUUGGGGCCGAAUUCGACUUCAAAUCGCGUUUCAAAGCGUGCUCGUUCCGAUGAGCUACAUGAGCUCCGGAGUCGUCUGCGUGUUUUAGAAAAUUCGCUCGGCAAGUCGUCUCAUCUUCAGACGCCUGAGACCUCGGUUUGUGAUAUAUUUUCUGAAGUAGAUACGGCCAAUAGUUCUGAGAAUGUUGGUGUUGAUGACCGCGUACGAUUCUUGCCAGAUUCAAGUUUCCGCGGGAAGAAGACCAAGACUCGGUAUUUCGGUCGCAGUCAUUAUACCACCACUGUUUCCUUUUUCAAAGAUAUUGGUACCUUUAUGCGCCGUGGUCGUUGCCGCGGAGGAGCAAAGGAUAAAGAGUACACUGAUAUGAAACAGUUCAAGACCGAGCUUUGGUCGCGUGAGAUACAAAAACAUCAGCGCGACUUUCGCGAGCAGCCUUUCAUGCUUAAUGAACUGGUUCCCCGGCGAAACGUUGCAGACCGUCUGCUUCAGCUUUAUCUCGACACUUUUGAGACCACGUAUCGAAUCUUGCACAUACCAACCUUCUUGAGACAGUACGCUGAUUACUGGGCCAACACCCAGCCAACCGACAUGGCCUUCGUCGCUCAAUUACUCGCUGUGAUGGCUGCAGGCAGUUGCUUCUAUGUCCCAUCUCCAGGUCAAGAGGACCGAGACAUAUUCCAAAAACCGGCCAUGAAGUGGAUCAUGGCUGUUCAGUCAUAUAUCUCGUGCACAUUUCUGAGCCCAGAAAUCGACUUCCGAAUGCUCCAGACACAGACUCUUCUUUUAGUAGCUCGCCUGGGAGUCGCCAGUGAUGCGGAUGUAGCCUGGGCCUCAGCCGGGUCGUUGAUUCGGUCUGCGACGAUAAUGGGUCUGCAUCGCGAUCCGGCUCGUUUCCACAAGGCCAGGCCAUUCUACUCUGAACUGCGCCGUCGUCUUUGGACAACUAUCGUCGAGCUGGAUCUCAAGUUCUCCCUCGACCGCGGGGCUCCACCCUCGGUUGAUCUAGACGAAUGCGACUGCGAUCCACCGUCCAAUUGGGACGAUGCGGACUUGAUACCAGACAUGGAGGAUAAUCCAGCUCCGCUCAGUACUGCCCUUUAUACCCAAAGCUUCUACCAAACCCUCCUCGCUAAGACCCUCCCACUACGAUACCGAAUCGCGAAGAAAAUUAAUAGCCUCCGAUUUAAUCUAUCAUACGACGAUGCCCUGCGAAUGGGUGAUGAACUCUCCCGCUCCAUGCAACAUGCAUCCUCCCUUUUCGAAGAUAAUUCCCCGAGUAUUGCUCUGGGAGAAUCAGGACGUCACCGAUUCGCCCAAUCCCUACAUCUCUUCAUCGUGCGCAAAUUCCUUCUCGCCCUCCAUCGCCCCUUCUCGCUUAGUGUCGUACGCCUACCCAAAUGCUCCUAUUCCCGCAAAAUCUGCCUCGAAGAAUCCCUCGGCAUUCUCUCUCAGAUGGAACUCCCCCUUGCGACAGAGAACAUCAUUUACCCGAACAUUACUCAACUGGGAAGCGGUAUGUUCCGUGAUGAAACCUUCCACGCCGCAAUCACCGCCUGUGUGGAGCUGUCCCUUCAAGCCAAUGAAAUGAGUAUGUCUACUACAUCCGGGAUGGAUGGUGUCAACUCCAGCGUGCUCAUGAGCAUGAUCCAGUCCCAACAGGGCGUGAUGCUCCAGGCUGUCGAGCGCACCGCUGAUAAUUUCGGGAGACGCAUUGGGCCCGGUGGGACGGGGUGCAAGCCUUUCUUCUUUUUGAAUAUCAUCCUUGCUUCGGUCAAAUCGCGCGUCAAGGGGGAGGAUCCUUUGUGUAAUGUUGAUACGGCCUCGAAGAGGUCCGUUCGCAUCUGCAGGGCGAUCUUGAAUGGUCUUACCUACGAGGAAGCUAAGAUUAGUGUUGAUAAUUGCCCCGCUCAGACUUCUAUUCCUUCGGGGACGAAUCCUGCCCCAGCUACACCACGUGAUAUUGACCCUACGUCGCUUCUAUCGAACGACUUUGGUGACUUCACGCCAACGGAUCUAGGAGGCUGGUUUGAUGGAUUAGAUUACACUGGCCCAGAGUUGUGGGAUUGGGAUGCCGACUUGUCUGGAAACCUUCCAACAUUCUCAUGA